GUGUCUCGCUAUUCUCGAUUUCUCGCUACGACUGCUACGACACAAUUUGACUAACCUCAACCGUUAAAUUCGGCGGGCUACACGGUCGGAGCAGGUCGAAGCGGGUCCGGAGUACACGAUGGCUACGCCUCCGAACACCGGGCUGUCCUUCGGCACACCAAAACCCACGACAGCACUCACUAGCCUGACUUUUGGUACUCCGACCACCAUGCCUACUGGGACCGGCUUCGGCCUCGGCGGCAGUGUAACCGCGACGACGACGUCGAUAUCGAUCGCGUCGAGUCUGCCGAGUUUCACGAAUCUCGCGAACAGCGGGACGCCCAUGCCCGCGGCGAGCGCGGGGCUCUCGUCCACAACCGUGGCCACGGGAUUCCCCAUCGCGACAACCACGGCGGGAGGUUUCACCUUCGGCGUCGGGACGCCGAAACCUAUGACAGGGUCCACCGGCUUAACCUUCGGUACGCCAAACACCAUGAUCAGUGGAACGGGAUUCGGUCUUGGCAAUACGAUCGCGACCGUGACGCCUACCACGAGUGUUCCAAGCUUUAGUCUUCCCAACAGUACGGUUCCCACGGCGUCCGCACCCCCGGGGCUUUCGUUUGACGCCUCGAAAGUAGGUACCACCACAACCGCGACUACAGGAGGAUUUUCUAUUGCUGCAACAACUACAGCGGGAGGAUUUAGUUUUGGAAUGGGGGGAACGUCAACGACUACCUCCACUGGAUUUCCUUUGAGCAAAACCACUUCCGCCGUUGCUGCAACAAGUCUAGCGUCUACCACUCAUACUUCAUUGGGUACCACCACUACUGUCAGUUCUGCGACUGGUAUUCAACCAGGAGCCAUUAAUUUCUGUCAGCUUGAAGAAUCGAUUAACAAGUGGACCUUGGAAUUGGAAGAGCAAGAAAAAGUAUUUGUGAAUCAAGCGACACAAGUUAAUGCCUGGGAUAAAUUGUUGAUAACAAACGGAGAAAAAAUUGUAACACUGAAUCAAGAGGUUGAAAGGGUGAAGAUUGAGCAACAGCAAUUGGAACACGAACUGGACUAUGUUGUUGGACAGCAGAAAGAGCUGCAAGAAUGUUUGGUACCGUUAGAAAAAGAGCUAGCAUCUCUUUCUGUUUUGGAUUCUGAUCGAGAGUACACCUACCAAUUAUCGGAGAAUCUCGAUACCCAGUUAAAACGUAUGUCUGAGGACCUGAAGGAAAUAAUAGAGCAUUUGAACGAAGCAAAUCGCGCUCAGGACUCCAGCGAUCCGAUUGUUCAAAUUGGAAAAAUUUUGAACGCGCACAUGAACAGCCUCCAAUGGCUGGAUCAACAGACGGCGCUGUUGAAUCAGAAAAUACAACAGAUUGAUCAGAUGCAUCAAAGUUUCAGGCAAGAGAGCGAACAGAAUUUACAUUUAGCUUAUAACUAAUUAUAAUUCGUUUAUUUUGUAUAUGUAUAAAAAACCUGUGAGAAUUAUUUUUUGAGAAAUGUGACGUAGCUUAUUUAAAUGAGUCCAACGUACGAAUGGAUACAAUGUAUGAAUGAGAAUCACAGAAAUAUAAAUAUAUUUUGCAUUUAAA